CGGAAGUGCGCGAGACGCGCUGAACACGAGACGAAAGAGCGGAGCGAUACUAAGGGAUUAAAAAGGUUUAUGUUGUUAUAAUUAAUUUAAUAUGGGUAUGAGUAACUUUAUAAUACUUUAUGUUUGAUGAUGAUAAAUGGUUUUAGAAUGAUGAUUGCUGAUUUAAGCGUGGAUGUUAGCGGAUUGAGAUCCUCUGAAUCUGAAGCGGGUGUUUAUCAAACUGAAAUUAAGGUUUAUAUUGUUAUAAUUAAUUUAAUAUGGGUAUGAGUAACUUUAUAAUAGUUUAUGGUUGAUGAUGAUAAAUGGUUUUAGAAUGAUGAUUGCUGAUUUAAGCGUGGAUGAUAGCGGAUUGUGAUCCUCUGAAUCUGAAGCGGGUGUUUAUCAAACUGAGAAACUCGGGAUUCGAUAAAAUGAGCCAAAAAGAGAUUUAUCUCAGACUGAAAGGUCAAAAAUGAUUAAAUUCCCAUGAGAAGGCAUAAGGUAACAUAAGGCAUGACCAUUGAACAGCAAAAUGCUCAUUGGGUCAGCAGAGUCGGACAAAAACAGGUGGAGAAGAAAAGACAACAGGGCUCGACAAUAAGGAUUGCCAGAAGGCCCGGGGCCAGUGUGAACAACGCUUGGAGUUUGGAGUUUAUCUACACACCUCAGUUGGCAGGAUUUUAUUUAUUUAUUUUAUUUUUUGUGGGACUAGAGGGAAGGGUCAUGAGGAGCAUGAAUGCUAAUGUGAAUAAAGUGUUGAAUGAGGGGACAGAUAGAUUGACAUAGUCUAAUUCCACCCGUGAUGAAGCUGACCAAAAAUCAACAUUGAUUCAAUGUUGUCUUUUUCAACACUGGGUUGCAUCACAUCCUGUAUUUCUGAGUAAUAUAAGUGAUAAGCACACAAGAAAAAUGGAAAUCCUUCAAAACCUUCAAACUAAAUUCUUUAAAUAUAAAACAAAGGAGAAUCAGAAAUAGUCUUUAGUCCGUGGCAACACUGUGUGCUCGUGUGUAGCUCGCUCAUUCACGUCUGUCAGAUGCUGUUUUAGCCGUUUGUCUAUAGGUUUGAAAUGGAGUUUUUUUUUUGUGAGCUUAUUUAGUUAAUUAUCAUUCACCUGUUUGGGUUUGGAUGGAUGUAUGUCACCGCGCAUAAGGGCGGAUGGGGAAGUGACAUGCAAAAACAUAAAUGUUUGGAUUUGGGAAUGGUGGUUUCUAACAGUUUUUUGACCACUUCUUUAAUUUUGUUUGGGUUUUCGUUUGUGUUUUGAAUUUAAUUUAGAAAUACUUUUGAAACAAAUCUUUUUGCUUUUUAAUAAAAGAAAUUAAUUUUGAAAUGAAACAAGCGUUGGAGUGGAGUGCGUGCAAAGAAUAAUUGCUAUACCUGAAUCCACAGCCUACAAGGAAAGGCCGACACAUUUAAGUCAAAAAACUAAAGGGAAUGUGGAGUUUGCACCACAAGCGGGAGGAGAACGUGGUUUUCCGUGAGUACAUGGUGAAGAGUUUUAUUUGCUAAGCCGCUGCGCUUAUGCAUCGUGGAAACGGAGCGCUGAUUCACAAUGCUGAUGUAGCGGAACAUUGUUGAGUUAUUGCACAAGCAUGAUUUGGUGAAAUGAAGUUUAUGCUUGAUGGACAAUGGAUGAUGUUGUUGAAAAAGUGAUUAUGGACGAAAGGGAAUUGUUUAAGUUGCUCGCAUCUUGCAGAGGAAAGCUUGGCGCUUUGACGAGAAAGCAAAACAAAAUAAAUGCUGCAAUUGAAGCGGGCGAAAAUAAAGAAACUUGCUAAGCAUGUUGAAACUUUUAACACUGUUGGCGGGUUUUAUGGAAUUGCAAGUGUCUGUGCAGAGUUUGUUGAAUGAUGAUGAAAAGGAGGCUGACCACGUAGACUGGUAUGAGCCGAAAUUAAUUCUCUUCAGGGAAUUUCUGAAUGAGAUUGAAGCAUCGAUGGGUGAAAAUCAAAAUGGUAAAAGUGAUGUCUUGGUGCUGUUGGGCCCAUGGAUAGUGUAUCUCAGGCCACUUAUAAGUCUUAUAAAAGAAGUUCCCAAAAGUCAUCUAGAGUUUCUUCUAAGAGCAAAGUGAGUGUCUCUGCUGCUUUUCUGCAAGCAGAAGCGGAACGAGCUGCAUUAAAAGCUAAAGCUCAAGCUUUGGAGAAAAAACAUGUUUUGGACAUGGAAGAGGCUCAACUAAAAGUAAAAAAGGAAAAGCUUGCGUUGGAAUCUGAAAUGGCUGCAGCUGAUGCUAAGGUAAAUGUUUUCCUGAAAUCUGAAUCGCUCCUCGGAAAAAUGAGUUCAAGAAGCACAAAAGGAAGUGCAAAGUCUGACACAAGCAGUACUUAUCCAUCUACUGAAUAUAUUGCACCUGCAAGAACACUAAAGGUUCAAAUAACUCAAGACAAACAAGGGAAAAAAGGUAAAUCUACUCCUACAGUGAAAACGCAUCAAAGCCAUGAAAAAACUCAGAAACAUAAAAGGGACUCAUCCACUUUGGACAAUACAGCUCUUGCAGAUGUUCUGAAAAAACAAAAUGAAAUAACUGCUUGGUUGAUAAAGCAACAGCAAACAUCCCUUCUUCCCACAAGAGAAAUUCCUGUGUUCGGUGGAGAUCCUCUGCAGUUCAGAUCCUUUAUUAAAGCAUUUGAACAGGGUAUUGAAAGCAAGACUGACAGUAUGCAAGACAGGCUCUAUUACUUAGAGCAAUUUACAGUUGGACAACCCAAAAAUCUGGUCCGCAUCUACUUGCAUAUGGAUCCUGUAAUAGGAUACAAGGAAGCAAAGCAGCAGCUUGAAUGGAAUUUUAGUAACAGUAUAAAAAUAUCAUCUGCUUUCAUUGAAAAGGCUUUGAAUUGGACUGCUUUAAAGGCAGAGGAUGGACCAGCUCUAAGAUCAUAUGCACUCUUUCUUUGUAGCUGUUUUAACACUUUGCAAGAGAUUAAAUUUGUGGAGGAGCUGGAAAAUUCAGCUAACUUGAGAACGAUUGUUUCCAAACUGCCUUUCAAGCUGCGUGACAAGUGGAGAACAAUUGCUUGCAACAUACAGGACAGCCACAAUAGAAAAGUCAAAUUGAAAGAUCUUGAAUUCAUUGAAAGAGAGACAUGAGCUGCAUUGGAUCCUGUAUUUGGUGACAUACAAAGCACAACAGACAAGAGGGGAAUUUCUAAAAUAACCACAACUACAAAGCCCAGUUUUAAAUCUCCUGGCAGAGGCAGCAGUUUUGCUACCACAGUUACUACUGUAGCAGAAACAUGAACGACAAGCUGAAAUUAAGUUAUACUGCCUCAAAUGCAGUGGAAAAGCCACCAUGCAUGUUUUGUGAUAAAAAAACCACACCAUUGAAGUUUGUGAGGCAUUCAAAGUCAAACCCAACAAAGAAAAGGUGGAAUUUCUCAAGGUAAAAGGAUUGCGUUUUGGAUGUUUGGGACAUGGGCAUAUGAGCAAAAGCUGUCAAAACCGCAAGACUUGUCAGAUUUGUCACCAACAACACCCAACCAUUCUACAUAUCGAGAGUAAGCAAAUUAAAAGAAAAGACGAAACUCCUAAAGUCUUUUCAAAAGAUCAGAUAUCAAGUGCAUUGGUUUCCUUGAAAGAUGGGAAAUAUAUUGGGGCUGGUUCAAAAGAUUGUGCUCUAUCCAUAGUUCCUGUUAAUGUGAAAUUGAGUAAGGGAACCAAAGUUGUGCAGACGUAUGCAUUUCUUGAUCCAGGUAGUUCUGCAACAUUUUGCACAGAAGAACUGAUUAAAUUAAAUUAAAUGCUGCAGGAAGAAAGAUGAAAACACUUCUGAAAACUAUGGGUCAGGAAAAGCUUGUGUCCAGUUACAGAGUUUCUGGAUUAGAAGUGGCUGCUUUAAAGGGAAAUGGAUUUCUAGAAUUAUCUGAUGUAUACACACAGAAGUCGAUCCCAGUCACCAAAGACAACAUUCCUACAGAAAAGGACAUUAGAAAAUGGUCUUACCUGAGGGAUGUUGAUUUGACGCCAAUAAAUGCAAGCAUAUGGCUACUUAUAGGCAUCAAUGUUCCAAAGGCAUUGGAGCCAUGGAGAAUUGUCAACAGUGAAGGUAAUGGACCAUAUGCUGUGAAAACUCUCCUUGGUUGGGUCAUUAAUGGUCCACUUAAUCAUCGUAUGAAUGAUGAUGAGGAUAAUGUCCCUGAAAUGCAAGUAAAUGGAGUGUCUAUUGAAAAUUUGGAGGAACUGUUGAUCAAACAGUACAAUCAAGAUUUCAUUGAACAGCAGUACGAUGAAAAGGCAGAAAUGUCAGUAGAAGAUUGGCAAUUCAUGGACAUGAUCACAAAGACUGCAGAACUUAAAGACGGACAUUAUUAUUUAAAGUUGCCUUUUUGUGAGUCCAAUGUAAAAAUGGCAAACAAUAAGAACAUGGUACAGCAACGUGCUCAGCACUUGUUGAAAAGAUUUAAAAGAGACAUAUCGUUCCAUACUGAGUACAAAGAGUUUAUGGAUGACGUGAUUGCAAAAGGGGUAUGCAGAGAUUGUACCAAGUGACCAGCUGAAUCUAGAAAAUGGAAAGGUAUGGUAUAUACCACACCAUGGAGUUAGGCACCCGCGCAAAUAGACACUGCGUGUGGUAUUUGACUGUGCAUCAACAUUUGGUGGGACUUCCUUUAAUAAAGAGCUAUUGCAAGGCCCAGACUUGACAAAUAAUUUGAUAGGAGUUUUACUUUGUCAAGGUCCCAUUGCCUUCAUGACUGAUAUUGAAGGUAUGUUCCACCAGGUAAGAGUGGCCACGGAAGAUGUGGAUUUUCAACGUUUUCUUUGGUGGCCUGAUGGAGACAUAACAAAAGGACCUCAAAGAGCACAGAACGGUUGUCCAUAUAUUUGGUGCAGUAUCAUCACCAAGCUGUGCGACCAUUGCCUUGCUAAAGACAGCUGAUGACAACCAAAGGGAUUACACAGAAGAUGUAACUAACACCAUCAGGCAGAAUUUCUAUGUCAAUGAUUGUUUAAAAGCUGUAAAUAUGGUGGAGCAAGCUUUAUCUUUGUAUAAUCAACUAACAGCACUGUGUAGCAAGGGAGGAUUUCGACUUAACAAAUGGAUUUGCAAUGACCGUUCCAUUCUCAGUGUAAUUCCUCAGGAAAACCGAGCCAAGGCAGUGAAGACGCUGGACCUCAGUAAAGACCAGUUUCCUAUGGAGAGAGCUCUGGGUGUUCAGUGGGACAUAGAAAAGGAUGCAUUCACCUUCAGUAUAACAAUCAAACACUCAACGACAAGACGUGGCAUUUUAUCUAUUGUGAGUUCAAUUUACGAUCCAUUGGGGUUUCUGUCACCCAUCAUUCUUUCUGCAAAGCAAAUUCUGCAGAAUCUGUGUAGGAUCAAACUUCCCUGGAAUGAAAAGGUCCCUUUGAAUACUGCUUUAAGGUGGCAAAGAUGGCUUGACGAGUUGGUUCCUUUAAACACCUUUAGCGUGAACAGAUGUUCCACAUCCAAAGAUUUCGGGACCAUAGCAUCCGCACAGUUGCACAACUUUUCGGAUGCAAGUGAGGCUGGGUACGGAGCAGUGUCAUACCUAAGACUCAUAAAUGAUAAAGGAGAAGUGAAUGUGACAUUCGCCAUGGGAAAGGCCAAGGUAGCACCGCUUAAACAAACAACCAUACCAAGAUUGGAAUUGGCAGCUGCCGUCCUAGCUGUAAGCUUGGAAAGGUUGUUGAAAGCAGAGGUACAGUUUUUCACAGUCUGUGAUUUCCGAAAAUGUUUUUUCCAAAACACUUUUUCUUGUGUGUUUUGGUCAACGUGAACUACCGUACAAUCUCUCGCUAUCGCGCCGGUAUUCAAGUUUCUGCUUUUUGCGCACCGAUAAUGGAUGUAGAUGUGUUUGGUACACUGCGAAGAAAUAAAAAAAAUGAAUCAACAAGAAGAGCCAAAUCACGUAAACUGUUAAGACUGGCUACUGUAAUAUCAGUUUCAGGUAAGAUUACUUUCAUUUCUGCACUUAAUUACAUAACGUGUAAAUUACAUUACGUGUCUCUAUUACUAGCUUAUUCUCUGCAUUUUAUUAUUUGUCUUUUUUUUUCAUAUGAAUGCUUAUUAUCCACAAGUUUAAGUACUUUGUACACUGUUAAUUAUUUUUCAAUAGAAAACGAAUACUCUUAAAAGUAGCAACUAACCAAGAACAGAGUCCAGUUCCUCAAAGAAUGGGCAGCGUUGUGGAUCCGACCCAGUCUUCUUGUUAUGCUUCACACAUUCGCGGUAACGUCGUUUCAGAUAUUCUAUACAGACUUUGCACUUCACCCAGUCGAAGGUAUUUUGAAUAGAUGGACAAACCUCACAAACUUUUUUAAAAACUGCUUCCCACACCUUGUGGUUAUGUAUACAAUUUUCAAACUGAAACUGAAACGUAGGUUCGCUCCAAACAGAAAUUAAAGCUAAUGUUUCCUCCCUACUCCAGUGUCGCGUCACUUUCUUAUUCGGCGCCAUCUUGCCAUUGAUCGGUCAUAUGACCAUACGCAAUCCACGCAUUCUGAACACGUGAUCUUCUGAAAUGCCCACAUGUAAAACACAGACACUCCUACCUCGGUAAUAAACACGGAGAUGUUAGUCCCGUCCGAAUCCGUACAUAAAAUCACAGACGUAGGUUGAUAAGAAUUGUUACUCAAACGUCGUUUGGAAAACUAGUCCCGUCCGAAUAGGGCUUAAUACAACGAAAGGAUUCAAAACUUUCGUAGCAAACAGAAUUUCCAUUAUUCACACCCAUUCAAAGGCCUCACAGUGGAAAUACAUCUGCUCAAAAUGAAAUCCGGCAGAUGCAGCAUCAAGAGGCAUGAAAACUGAAGAAUUCCUUCGAUCUCAAGUUUGGAUCAAUGGACCCGACUUCCUCUUGAAGUUACUAUCUCAAUGGCCUGAAGCAGAGGAAGAGGUUAGCUUAAUUCUGGAUAAUGAUCCAGAAGUCAAAGAAAAAAUAUGUGCUUGUGUUACUAUGACUGACGAAAAGGAACCUCCAACAAGUCAACUCUUGAACUACUUCUCGGACUGGACUUGCCUGAAAAGAGAGGUAGCAUGGAUUUGUAAGUUUCUAGAAGUCUUAAAAUGGAAAGUGAAAGAAUAGAAAAGGCAGAACCAACUCAAAGAACAGAGAAGUUGUAAGCAGAAAACAAAGCUACAAUUACCUGAGAAUCUGAGUAGGACACUUUGUGUUGAAGAUUUGAUUGCGGCAGAAAAAGCCAUUGUAUCUUUUGUGCAAAGAGAACAUUACAGUGAGGAAAUUUCUGCUUUAAAAGGAGGCAUUCGAAAAAGAUAGUCAUUUGUACAAACUUGACCCUGAGAUUGUUGAAGGAGUAUUGAGAGUGGGUGGAAGGCUAAGCAAGUCGGCUUUGCCCGAAGAGGUGAAACAUCCUGUCAUCUUACCGAAAUCUAGUCAUGUUUCAAAACUCAUUCUUCGACGUGUGCAUGAGAAAAUAGGGCAUAGAGGAAGAAACCACAUGCUUUCAACUAGGGAUGUCCAGAUCCGAUAACAUGAUCGGAAAUCGGGCCCGAUCACGUGGUUUCAGACUCGAUCGGAAUCGGACGUUACCUCCCGAUCAGGACUCGGAUAGCCUAUAUAUGUAUUAGGGG